AUGAGGAGUGAGAGCCUUCCAGAAUUUUUAUGUGCUUGUCUCUUUUUCAAUACACUGAUAGCUAAAGGCCUGAUGAGCCCAAAGAAACUGCAUUUACUUUGUUUGACCCAUUUGUUUCACAUUGGAGAUGGAAUGGAUUAUAUAAUCAAGUCAAUAUCCUCUGAGUGUUGUCAUCUUGAAGAAAUCCAAUGUUGGAAUCAACCUGCACUGAACUACUUUCCGCUGUUUUUAGUUGAUGUGUUAGAUGUCCUGAAACAGCUGAUGACACAGUUGCUCCUCUGGGGAUGUGAUGUGAAUCUAUACCUGACGAGGCUGAUAGAGCAACUGGAAACACUGCUGCGGUUCGUCAUACUUGAAUUCAGUGAAUGAAGUCUUGCAGACACUGACAUCCAAAUCUUGGGAUCAUUCUUUGAGAAAAUACUUCUGGAAAACUUCCAGCAGUUGGAUUUGGCAGGGAAUUGUGUGAGCAGUAAUGGAUGGUUUGCCUUUAUGGGAAUAUUAGUGAACCUCAAGAAAUAGGUUUUUGGUUGUUUUUUUUUUAACUUCAGUAGCAAAGAAGAAUUACUUCCUGACCCGCAGUUGGUCAGAAAAUUUGGUCAUGUAUUACACAAGCUAAAUUAUUUGCAAGAAAUCAGGUUAAUUAGAUGGCAAUUUGAUGAUAAUGAUCUCAAUGUUAUUCAAUCUAAUAAAUUUAAACUAGUCACUGUUUAAAAAGUCUCAACAUACAACUGUUUAAAAGCUUGGCUCUAAGUUCUGAAAUACUGGAUCACUGUUAAGUGUGUAACAUAGUCUCUACAAUUAACUCUUAAGUUUGUAUAAAAUGAAAAAAAUCAUUCUCUCCACCUUCCACUUUGAGCCCUGGAAUGCUGCUCACUACCCAUUUAGUCAUUCCAUGUUUACUGGUUGAAUCUGAAUUAAAUAUGAAGUCAGUCAAUAGGGACCAGGUAGGAGUCACUGAAAUGGAAGCACUGCAGCUAUUAUUUGUAUCUAUUCUCUCUUUUAUCAGAAAGCAAGCUCCAUGAAGGCAGGUUUGUUUUCUUUUUUGUCUUUGUAAUUCCAGCAACUGGCAGUGUCUUGUAUGUAUUAAGUACUUAAUAAUGUUAGUUGAAUCAAACUGAAUUGAUAGCUGAUUUAUCUUUGUAUUAGCUUCAAUACCUACCAUAGUGCCCUGUACAUGUUGGAUUCUUUAAAGUAUCGGUUGCAUAAAUGACUUAAUGAAAUGUACAAAAAUGAGUGCAAUAACAGCUUAAAAACAGAGUAACUGUACCUAAACAUUCUUAGAUUCUAAUAGCUUAAUUCAAAUAAUGGAGAAUAUUAAAAAACACCUUCUCUUAUUAGAGAUAGAUCAGUAUCCUUUACCCUAGUAGAAAAUCAGCAGCUGCUCAUAGCACACAGCCACAAUACUGUUAAUCACAGGCAUGAAUUCUAGGUUUUUUAAAUCAGCCACAAUACUGUUAAUCACAGGCAUGAAUUCUAGGUUUUCUAUCAAGGAGCUGCUAUGCCUUUUUAAUCACCAAUCAUAGGCUUCAGUCAUUGGAAAAGGAGAAAAAAGAGAUCCAUGUCUGCAUUCCACAGGAGUCAAAAACACACCACCCAAAUCAUUUUAACAUCCCCACCUUACAAAAAAUGAACCUAAAAGGAAAAUACGAUGCUAGUUCAAAAAUCUAGCCUUACCUCCAUGUUGUCUGGGAAAAAAACAAAAACAAACAACUAUUCACUUAGCACCAAACCGUCCACCUCCCAUUCUCAUGGUAGCUCAAGUUAAUGGCUUUGGUGUCAGUAUAGGUUAAAAGCUGGCCAUUAUAUUGAGGUAGUCACUGCAAUAAAAAAGUCUGGGCUAUUCAGCAAGGGGGCAUUGAUAUACACAUGUGGGUGCUGCUCAGUUCAAUGUCUGCUGAACACAUCUUUGGAAAAAUUUUCAUCAAAGUCAAACUAGAUGACAAGCACUUAUCCUUUCAAAUUUCAUGUCUUGAUACCUACAACUGGCACUAUGGCAACAUCAAGGUUGUUACUUAUAGGCCAUUUGCUAGCAAAACUUUUUUUUUCCUGUGGGAUAGUCUAGAAAAUAUGCUUUUUGAAACAAAAUGCGUAACAGACUAGCAUCACCCAAAGCAGAUGGCAGCAUGAAUGAAACGCCAGCAGGCAGAGCCAGUUCUAUUUUCACAUCCCAUAAGCAACUUUGAAUAACCAUUCUCAACUAAUGUAAACAGUAAUUAAAGCACCUUUGGUGGGGCACUUGUAUAGGUGGCCACCUUUGAACGGUUGUGGAAGAAAAAGGCUCCAUACAGACUCAAGAUCAGCACCCAAACACCAUUACUCUCAUAGAAGUAGAGGUUGUAUGUAGGGGAUGAAAGAAGAAACCACAUGGAAAACAUACCUUUUACCACCUCUCAAGAUAUGGAAGUUCUUCCGGUCUCUAUGAAGACACUCACAGGCACGUGUGGUCAGUCACUGGUGGUAAACCCUUCCUGUAGUGGUAGCCUUUUAGUAGGCACUGCCAUAGGUGUGGUACAGCAUAAAACCAGAGAGAAGGAAAGCGGCCUUACCUUAUUUUAGUAAGUCAUACUCUCUUCAGGGUAUGACAAUUUUGAUCAGAUUUUUCCUACAUCCCCAACUAUCCACAUGACACUAUAAAUGUGGAAGAUAGAUGACUUCUCAUCAAGUAAUUAUCAGAAUGUGCUACAUAUUUCCACCGGACGAUACAACUCUACUCCAUGGAGUUGUCUUCCUCUAUAUAUUGGUAGACUAGACCUCAUCCUGAUGCAAAUAAGGGUCUUUCAAAAUGCUUCAAAACAGCUUCUUCAUUCCUCCAAGCCUCCAACUUAUAAUCCCUCAGUGACAGAGAAAGAUUUGAUACUUUGUUGAAGGAGGGAUGGUCUUCAUGAACAUUUUGAAUUCAAUGAAAAUCUUCUCUAGAUGGAUGUUAAAGAGUUCAGGUCAUGAAUCCUUAAAAGCAGCACCAAGUGGAACUUCCAAAUUAUAAUUGCUGGAAAAUCCUUGGCAAAUGGGGAAGUUUAACUUCAUUUACUCAUUAAAUCGCUUUUUAAAAAACUGUGGUCAUAGAGGUCAUAUAAAGUUGACUACGUUUAAGAGAACAUGUGGGUAUUACUAUGCUUUAUACAAAGCAGCACUAGCUAUACUGGAAAGUCCACAUAAUAAACACAUGGAAAACAUUAAAAAUAAAUAAAAUGUCCUAUGCCAUUUUCAAAAAUAUUGCCACCAUUACUAUUUCACCAUUCCUGAUAAAGCAGGACAAUAAAGUACAAUUCUGCUCUCAGGAGAUGUAAUAUUGUAUAACAAUCUAAAGUCCAUUUUGUUUUUGUGACAUCAUACAGUGUAAGAACAAAAUAUUUAUGCUAAUUUGCAAGCAUGAUAUGGCCAAUACAACUAUGUUCAUGAAGUACAGAACAAUGAACCAGUAGAAGGGUCAUAAAUUAUACAAGCUGUAUAAUUAUGGCUGUUUCUACCAUUAUUUCCUUACUGGAGUAAUCAUAGAAUAAAAAUCUGUUCAUUGCACAUUGAUGAAUAAUUUGUUAAAAAGUUAACCAAAAGUGUAAUGAAGAGAAGUAUGGUUCAUUUAAAAUUGCAGAAAAAUUAGUGAAAAUCCUUAUUGAUAGCUAAAUUUAAACAACAACAAUAAAAACCAUGAU